GAGAUAUUCAAAAAUGUCUUCCGCAAAUAAGCUGGAUAGUAUUUAUAGCCUUCUAACUCAAGGUCUGAAGUGACCUUUUAUUUGUUGUGAGGAAAACUCUAAAAUAGCUCCACCAACAGAAAACCAGCUAGAGAGUCUUGAACAACAGUUAGACCCAGAGGAGAAGGACAUUUUGGACAAUUACAGAAUUCAAACAGGCAAUAUCAUUAACUACAUGCUACCAUAUGUAUUGCCUACAGAUCAGAGGCUUCAGCUAUUAGAGUGGCUAUUUGAGCAGAAUGAGCCUGACAUCUUUAAGGCGGAUGGUUUCCUUGACUCUGAUAGUUGCAAGUUAAGCAAUCUUGAACUAGCAUGAUCUCAGUUUGGAAUCAAGGGGCAAACCAAAAGAUCCCUCAAUAGUAGUAUUCAAGGAAUCAAUGGGAUUACUGAGGCGAUUAAUUUCCUUUUCGAAGUCACAGAAGUCACCAGGCAACUUCUACUAUUUGAAAAUCUGGAAAAUUCGCAACAACAGAUUGAUAGGAACAAUCAGCUGAUGAAUUUCAUUGCAGGCAACUCAAAUCAGGUUUUUACAACUGAAGUGAGACUCUUCUCACCUGGAUUUCUCAAACUCGAUGACCUGCAAUAUGAAAGCAAGGAAAAACUCAGCGAAGCUAAAGACAGCCUCGAGCAACACGUAGAUCAGCUAAGGCAUGAUUAUGAACAACUACAGCAAACUAUUGAUAAGAAACUCGCAGUAAAUGCUACUGAUUCUGAUUUUGAAGCUCUUGAGUCUUCACUUAAAAAGACCAGAAGCUGAGUAGUAGAGUUUAAACAAGAGUGAGAAGCAGGGUUAAGAACAAAGCUUAAUAAGAUUAACGAAAAUAGCUUAUCAGGUGUUGAGCCGUUGGUUGAGCAGGUUUAUGAAAAGAGACAACAGAUCGAUCCAAUCUCAUCAAAUCUUAGACAAAUCUUGGCAACUUUGAAUGAGCUACAAACUUAGAUUUUAUUGUAAUUUCAAUGG